UUUAAGAUGAAGGAAGGUUCCAGCAGCAGCAGACUUCUUCCUCACCUGCUGCGGUGGCUGCCUCAGCCUGUAUAAUUUUGGGAUGUCUAAUUGCUCUUUUAGGAUAUUUCAGCAGAGGAGUUCAGAGGGGAGAGCUGUCCCGCGCUGUGGUACUAUGUAAUUUUAUCCAUGCCGCUGUCUCUCACUUCACACAGGGCUGAUACCUUUUUUGCCUCCCCUCUCCUUUGUAUCAAUUGGUCGAAGUUCAGCCUUUUGUCGCCACAAGCUUCUUUUAUAUCUGCGCUCAGUCUGAGGCGAGCCUCUCAGUCCGCUCCACAGGGGCUGCUGUCCGCGGAGAGGCGAGGAGGAUCCCAGUUUUAGGGAGGAGAGGAGGGUGUGUGUGUGUUUGUUGGGGGGGUGGUGUCCCGGUCGGCUGCGCUGUCAAGAGUUGCGCCUCUCGGUGUUGGAUGCGCGCGCGCGCGCGGCGGGGACCGAAGCUCUCCAGCAUUUAGGGGUCCCCCGAUCCUUUUUGAAUGGGACCCGGAGGGCUGGACGGGAGUCGUCGGUUUUUUCGCCACAGUCGCCCCGCUCGGACCAUGCCACGAUGCUGACGAUCCCGCUGCUGCUGCUGCUGGUGCUCAGCCUGCUGGACCCCGUGCGUCCCCGGGCCCGCUGCGCGCCGGGCCAGGGCCAGGGCCAGGCCUGUGACCCCCGGCAACGGAGGGACGCCGGGGGCCGCGGAGGAGUGUACGAGCACCUCGGAGGAGCGCCGAGGCGCAGGAAGCUUUACUGCGCCACCAAAUAUCACUUACAGAUCCACGCGAAUGGGAAAAUAGACGGUUCACUGGAGGAGAACAACCCGCUCAGCAUAAUGGAAAUCACUGCAGUGGAYGUGGGUGUCGUGGCCAUUAAAGGGCUUUUCUCAGGCAGAUAUCUGGCCAUGAACGAUAAAGGAAGGCUGUACGCCUCGGAAGUGUUCAAUAAAGAGUGUGAGUUUGUGGAGCGCAUCCACGAGUUGGGAUACAACACCUACGCAUCCCGCCACCACUCCACAGAGCAGCCGMUGCCCCCAGGAGGAGGAGGAGGAGGUGGAGGUGGUGGCGGCGGCAACAAGCGCCGCGCCAGCAUCAAAAAGCAGUGGUACGUUUCCAUAAACGGCAAAGGAAGGCCGCGGCGAGGCUUUAAAACCCGAAGCACCGACAAGGCCUCGCUCUUUUUGCCUCGGGUGCUGGGCAACAAGGACCACGAGAUGGUGAGGAGGCUGAGGGACAGUCAAGGUGCGCACCACCACCACACGCACAACCAGGGCGAGCGGCGGAGGCGCCGGCAUCACGCCAGGAAAGGCCGAGGCUGACGGUCAGGCGGCUGGACCCCGAGCUCCUGGGACUCACCCCACAGAUGGAUUCUUGGCCUCGGCACAUACUGCAGCUCCACUGCGACGGAGGAUUUGGGGAUAACGGCUUGGAUCCUGCACUCUGGAUUUAGUGGAAAAUUUGAACCGUGUGCACAGAGAAAGAGACCGCAAUCCACUGAGAAAAACGAAAACUCACAGGCCAUCCUAAAUGUCUGGGCUUUCAUGAAGUCGGCCUCUUUCAGGAGACUUGGACUCCUUCCACUGCUGUAUAAUCCUCCCUGUCCGAGUUCUUCCAAACGCUUCUGUCUUGUAACAAAUGUAUUAAGAUAGUUGAGAAUAUCCAUCCUAUGUUGUAAAAAAACACAUCUUUUAAGCUGUCAUUUCACCCCCAGCUUCAAGUAAACAGCUUUUCAUCCAUCCCACACAGAGACAACAACUAAUAUUCAGUCAUUCUGAAGUUCUGUCAAACAUGACGGAAAACAAAGAGAGAACUUUACUCGGAGAAGCACUUUUAAAAAAGGAAAUGUCAGAUUCAUGCUAAGAAGCAUUUAGAAAUCAGGAAGAGGAGCUUUUGUCUGCUCCUUUCUCACAAUGUGAUAGUCUACUGUCUGUAAACUCAGAGAGCUAUACUUUGUUUUAUUUUACUAGUGAUAUGAAUAUUUAUUUGGUGUGUGAGUUGUAACUUAUUGAUAAGCCUGUUUCUGCCUUUUACCAGCUGUUUGUUUCAUAGUUUCACUCACUGCCUGGUCCCAACAUAAACACCACGGUAUUUACCUAAAAAAAGGAGAGAGAGAAAAAAUGUCUGAUUUCUUCUUUUUUUCACAAAAUUAUUUGUCUUUAAAAACUCGAUUGUAACUUUUUUACCAUUGGUCGAAGCAACUCUGACAAGGUUUGAUGAGUGUUUGAGUUUUACGUGUGGAAAAACAUGCUGGUUGUGUUUUACUCCCAGGUUUGUUCAGCUCUCUGAUUGGUUUGUCCAAAAAAAAGGCACAACAGGAUAUUUAGUUUCUGAUGAAAAGUGUUAAACCACAAACCCUCUUAGAGCUUCACUUUCUGCCCCAAAAUGUCAGCAUAUCUAAUAAAAGUCAUAUAAAAGACAAAAUUUUGUGUAGAAAUGAAGUAGAUAGGAUCCAUAAGGUUAGAUUAUUGUAUCUUUUAAGGGAAAAUGAGGUUUAUUUUAGGAGUUCUACCCUCCCUAAAUCUCUCCUUCCCUAUUUCCUUGUCUACAUAUCCAUCUCUCCCUGCUGCAGCUUGUUUCCUAAAGUGGCCACCUGUUGCCGCGACACGGCUGAGCAGAAACCGCAGGGAUGGUCCCAUCAAUGAGAAACUCACCACUAAGCAGCGCCGCGACUCGUUUGGAAGUUCAGGUUUUGCCCUGCCUUGUUCCCAUCUAUAGGCAGCGGCGUAUAAAGCCUUGUCAUUCUAUACCUGCAGGCAGGGGAGGCUUCCUGGUCGGGACAAAGGCUCCUCCCAGGGGGGGCCUGGGAAGCGAUGCUGCCUGAGACUUUUAAAGCUUCUUUUUUGAAACGCCGACCAAAAGCUGCRGCCGAUAAACAAGGCCGGCCCUCCUGAAAGCAGAAACUGUGUCAUACAAAGUGUAACACCUCGCCGUGGCUCGUUAUGAAUGCCGGACUCUAAUAUUACUCACCAGGAAUGCAGGACUUGAGAGAGGUUAGGGGUCUUUUGUGGCCCUCGGUCCAAAACCCGCCUGCUUUAUUUAAGAGCAUUUUAUCUUCUGAUAGUCACUUCUCUUUUUCAGCACAUAAACUUCUGGAGCUGCUGAACUUUAACUGAUUAUCAGCUGGUCAAUAAAAAAAAAGAAUCAUCUGUAAUAAACCUGAACGUGUUCUC